UGUCCGGCAGGUGGCGCUAGAGGCCUGCACGGAUCUGCAGCGCUUCCGCCUGCACACACAGAGAUCAGAGAAAGCAAGCGGUGCCAGAUCAAAAUACAAACAAUGGGCAAGAAGCACAAAAAGCACAAGUCCGAAAAACACGGAUAUGAAGAGUAUGGAGAGAGACCACUGAAGCUCGUGUUGAAAGUGUCUGGAAACGAAGUGACAACAGGAACCUCGAGUCGGGACACUUUCUAUGAUGAACAGCCGGCUGACGUAGACAAACCCAAGGACAAGAAGAAGAAAAAGAAGAAGGAUAAAGAGAAGACUCUUGGGUCACCAGAGGAUGACAAAGGGAAGAAAAAGAUAACAAAGAAGAAGAAAGGACAGGAAGCAGAUGGAGAUGAUGAACGGAGCAGAACUCCGAUACGUUCAGAGUUGGAUAAACUGGAAGAAAAGGAACAAACUCCUCUGCAGGAAGCUUUGAACCAGCUCAUCAGGCAGCUCCAAAGGAAAGAUCCCAGUGCAUUCUUCUCUUUUCCGGUGACGGACCUCAUCGCUCCUGGCUACUCUGUGAUCAUCAGACGGCCUAUGGACUUCAGUACAAUGAAGGACAAAGUGAAGAAAGAGUACUACCAGUCGUUGGAUGAACUCAAGGGGGAUUUACGGAUUAUGUGUGAGAACGCAAUGAUUUACAACAAGCCUGAGACGAUUUACCACAGAGCAGCUCGGAAACUGUUGCACUCAGGAUUGAAGAUCUUGAGCCAGGAAAGAGUGGAGAGCCUGAAGCAGAGCAUCGCGUUCAUGACAGGCCUCGACCCUUCUGCCAAACUGCCGGGAAAGACCGAGGGGCAGGGGGGCACCGGCCUGGACCAGAACAGAGAGGGCGCCUCGACUGCAGACGCCAGCGACAGAUCCCAGACCCCCAUCGCACUCAGAAAGGAAAAGGACUCCAAGGACGAAGCGGCGAAGGUAGAGAAAGAGCUGGAGGAAAUCCGCAAGGUCAUCGAGGAGUCUGGAGGAAAACUGUCCGACAGAGUGCUGCAGUGUGAUUUGGAGUUUGUGAGGCGGAAGUCCGACGGCUCCACCACUCUGGCGGUCCUCAACCCAGCAGAUCCAUCAGCAGGAGAUGUUGGUUACUGUCCUGUGAAACUGGGCAUGAUGUCCAAUCGGCUGCAGAGCGGCGUGAACACCCUGCAGGGCUUCAGGGAGGACAAGAGGAACAGGAUUACUCCAGUGUCCUACGUCAACUACGGGCCUUUCACCUCCUACGCUCCAACAUACGACUCCAGCUUUGCCAACGUCAGCAAGGAGGAUUCUGACCUCAUCUGCUCUCUCUAUGGCGAGGAGUCCAGUCCUCAGGGCGCAGACAGUUUGAAAGACUUCCUGGCCAAAUCGGACGAGUACGUGUACAAACUGGCGGACAAUGUUCUGGAUGCUCUGACGAACGGAGAGCAUUCAAAGACACUGAAGGAGACGCAGCAGGUGGACGGGGAAACAAAUACACAAGAGGACAAGCGUGACAUGAAGGAAUCUGAAUCUGCAUCCAGCACCAACUUCCUGCGCUCGGCUGCAGGCCUGCAGACAGCUGAGCAACUCUCUGGGGAGGCUCUGCACUUCCAGCAGAAAUUGGACGAGACUACAAAGCUCCUGCGUGACUUGCAGGAAGCACAGAAGGAGCGUCUGAGCGCCAAGCAGCCACCUAACAUGAUUUGCUUGCUGGCCCCGACUGCCAAGGAGCUGGAGCUGGCUGAGAAGGUGACGGGGAACUUGGCUGAGCUGACGGGUCAGGUGGCCCCGUGUGACGUCAGCAGUGUGUACGGCAUCAGGAAGGCCAUGGGCAUCGCUGUCCCUCCAGAACCAGCCGGGCCCUUCAUUGACCUCACGACAGUGCAGGAGACGGCCGAACCGAUGGAGACCGUGUCCAGCUGUCCGGAUGCAGUCGUCGCUGUUAAAUGAUAUUCCACCCUUUCAGUUUAAUUAAGUUAAGUUUUGUACGAAGGUGCUUUUUGUUUGCGUUUCAUUCAAUAAACCUGUUUUUGUUAAUGUA